AUGUCGACACGAAAAGUGAAACACGCACCUUCCUUAGGAUUCGCACCUUCCGUUCGCGCUAGCAGCCGACCUUUUUCAAGCUCAUUGCGCGCACUCACCUUUCUUCUCCUUUCAACGCCGACCACGACACCGUCACCUGCCACUACGUGCCGUCCACUCCCGCCUCCAGCCAACGUCAUGGCGGGCCUGUUGGGCGCUCAAUUCGAGCAGCUCAUUGAUGAGCGUAUCAAUCAGAGACUGACCGUCUUCAAGCAACAGAUCGAACAGCGCGCCGAAGAGCAAGAGAAGAAACUUGCAAAAGAGCUCGACCAGGUGCAACUUGAGCUGAAGAAGGCGAAGCAGACGGUCAAGGAUCUGCGCCUGACGCUUGACAAUACCUCGUCGCUCGUCGCCAACCAGGGCACAUCGUUUGCCAGCUUGCAGAAGGCCGUCGACGGCUUGCAAGAUGUAUUGAAUGGCACGGGCGGUGUCACACUCCACGAUCAGGUGCUCGCGAUCCAGCAAGCUUGCAACCAGCACAGCGACUCCAUGGCCAAGAUUCUCGCCAACCAUGACGAGAUUCUGGAGCAGCUUGGUACAUACCAGUCGGGCUACAACGAGCAGAAGCUGGUCUUGAGCACCCUCAGAGACGCGCUCAAUGGCACCAAUCAGCCACGACCUCAGUCUGAGCCGCACUUGCAGACCGCACCUCCCACCAGCCAAGACGGAGUCGCUAGAGCUUCUUCAGCGCCAACUGUGGGUUCGAUCAAUGUCAACGCGGACGAUUUGCCAACUCGACCUUCUUCAGCCCGCCCUGAAGCUGCUGAGCACCAAGUCCACUCCGGUGGAGACCCAUCUGAGAGUCAUCAGCGCUCAAUGAUUUCGUCUAACACGUUUGGCGAGAUGUCUCCCCAGACUGCUUACACCCACCAACCCACUAGCUCGGCAGUGGACGCCAUGGACAUGGACGAUGAGGCAGACGAGGGGGAUGAAGCAGACGAUGAAGGCGACGAAGAUUCCUCGACCAUCGCGGUCGCCGUGAAGCGACGAGGGGUCCACACGCAAGGUUCUGACGCCGAUAGUGCAACGUCGACGCCAGGUACUCUGAAGCGUCGUCGAGCGGCGUCGAACCUUAGGCAGGCCAGCGCCGAUCCGUCGUAUCAUGCAUCGAGUGAAGCUAUGCUCAUGCAGUCCCCGAUCACCUCUCAGGCGCGUGAUGCCCAGCUGCAGACCACCGCUUCAAGCGACAUCGAAAUGCCGUCUUGGUUCAAUGAUACCACGGAGCAAGACAGCCCCACCAACCCAAACCCGCUCGAGGGAUGGGCUUCGCGUGCAGGCAGGCUUCAGGGAUCUGGUGCAGCUAGAAUGCCGCGUGUGAGCGCGAGGCCAGCAGAGGAGCGAAACAUCGAAGUGCUAGGUGGCACUGUCGCAGACUCCCAGCGUCGCUCUUCCCGACCCUCGAGGCCAAAGAAGCCGGAUGAGGGCCAAAUUCUCUAUCCACGCGACAUGCCUGACCUCACCAAGUGA